CGACCAAAUUAGUGAUUGGCCUUCAAAUAUGACAACUAUCUUUACACCCUUAACAUUGCCGAAUGGCGCUGUUAUACCAAACCGCAUUGCAAAAGCUGCUACACAAGAGCAUUUGGCAGAUAACGAUCAAAAUCCCUCCAAAGAACUGUUUCAACUUUACAAAGCAUGGUCUGAAGGAGGAUCUGGACUGACUCUCUCGGGACAUAUCAUGGUUGACCGACGCGCCGUAGGAGGAGCUGGCGAUGUUGUUCUUGAAGACGAUUCCAACCUCGAUAUGUUUAAAGAAUGGGCUAAAGUCGGCACAGUGGGAGGAAAUCACUUCUGGCUCCAAAUCAACCAUCCUGGCAAACAAAUGUUUUACAAUUUGGGACAAACUGCACUAGCACCGUCGGCCAUACCCUUGAGUAACGCGGGUAUGUUUGCUGUUGCUCACGAAAUUACGGAAGCACAAAUUCUGGAAGUCAUCGAACGAUUUAAGACGACCAGCCAGCUUGCCGAAAAAGCAGGAUUUCAAGGCGUCCAGAUCCAUGCUGCCCAUGGUUACUUACUGAGUCAAUUCCUUUCGCCUCUUAGCAACAAGCGCGAAGAUAAGUGGGGCGGAUCUCUGGAAAACAGAGCGAGACUUCUAUUUGAGGUCAUAAAGAGUGUUCGAUCUGCCGUUUCGCCCGGUUUUUGCGUUGCCGUUAAGAUCAAUUCUGCAGACUUUCAACGGGGUGGUUUUGAUAACGACGAUGCUCAGUGGGUCAUUGAGCAAAUGAACACCAUGUCAAUUGAUCUCGUCGAGCUUUCCGGCGGCAACCUCGAAUCACCUGUUAUUAUGGGUCCUGACGCAGCAAUGAGCAACGACAAAGAAAGUAAAGCCGCAUCCACUAUUGCUCGAGAAGCUUAUUUCCUCACCUUUGCCGAGGAGAUUUCAAAAAUUGCUACCAUGCCUAUCAUGUUAACUGGAGGUAUCACCAGAAGAGCUGUAAUGGAUAAGGUGAUUGAGAGCGGUGUCGCUAUGAUCGGAAUGGCAACUGCCCUCAUUUUGAAGCCAGAUUUGCCUAAUGAGUUGAAGAAUAAUUUGGAUCCUAACCCUAAAAUGCCUUCCAUCAACUGGAGACAGAAGUCGCUCACCGCUUUGGUCAAAAUCUCUUACCUCAACCACUACAUUCGCGUAACAGCUGAAAAUCAAGAGAAACGCUCUUCUGUCUGGCCAUCCUGGACAUUAGCCAAGCAACUUUGGGGCAUGAAUUCGAGAGCAAAGAUAUAUCGCAAACAUAUGGAAGGCUACACCUAUAAAGGUCCCGUCCUUGCACAGUAACAUACUGUGACUCCGAGAUCAAUACCUUUUAAUUUUCUUACAUUUAUACCAUAAAACAACAAUCACUUUCUCCCAUACUUUCACCACUUGACGUUCGCU